AUGGGGAGUAUUGAGUCAGAGAAAAUAUUGGUCAUCGUCCUCAACCAGGGACAAGACAGAGAUGGAAUCUGCAGAUCUUGGGGGCAGUACCACUUUGAAACUUUUGAUGGCAUCUACUAUUACUUCCCAGGGAGAUGUUCAUACAUCCUGGCCAAAGACUGUCAUAGCACAGAACCACAGUAUACAAUAUGGGUUCACAACAGUCGUGACUGCAAUAGUUCAGUGUAUUCCUGUCCUAGGUCCAUAAGCCUAUUUUUCCACAAUGAAGAAGAAAUUCAUAUUGUUAGCCAUGAGGUUAAGAAAGGUGGUCGAAGAUUACCUGAGUCUCUUUUUAGGUUGUCUUUACCCAUAACUAUUCGACAUGUAUUCAUUGAAAGACUGGCUGACUAUAUAUUGGUGAAGAGCACAUUUGGUUUUUCCCUGGCAUGGGAUGGCGGCACAGGUGUUUAUAUCAAAAUGUCAGAGGAGCAUAAAGAACAGCCUUGUGGGCUCUGUGGAAACUUCAAUGAUAAUGCACUGGAUGAUCUCACCACUAGCUACAAUGUGCAGACGGAAGAUACUGUUAGAUUUGGAAAUAGCUGGGCUGUGCAGAUACCGACAGAGCCACCGUGCCAGCCUGUGGAAGAAGAUUUCCAAGGUCCUUGUGCUACAGAAUCUGAAAUGGUGGAUGCUAUGGAGAAGUGCAGUGCCAUUUUAUUCUUCCCCUUUGUCUCCUGUCAUGAAAACAUUGACCCCAACCCAUAUGUUUCCAGCUGUAUCAGCGACCAUUGCAUGUCAGGCGACGAUGACACAUUCUGCCGCUCAAUCAUGGAAUACACUAGAGCAUGUUCACAUGCUGGUUAUCCUGUGAGGGAAUGGAGAGACAACUUCCCAGUCUGCUCUGAUGAAUGUGAAGACAGCUUUGUUCACAGAGACUGUAUCAGCUGUUGUCCUCCAACUUGUACCUUUGAGAAAGAAUGCCUUGGCAGUAAUCUUCACUGCCUAGAUGGAUGCUACUGCCCUGAUGGACUAAUUAUGGAGAAUGGAACUUGCAUUCCUGUUUCAAACUGCCCAUGUGUAUAUCACGGAACAGCCUAUCAACAAGGUUAUUUACUGGAACAAGGCUGCAGUGCCUGUGUGUGUAAUAGCGGAACUUGGAACUGCACAGAAAACAACUGUUCAGCGGAGUGCUCAGUAACGGGAGACACUCACGUCACUUCCUUUGAUGGACGAAUCUUCAUGCUUGUAGGCACCUGCCAGUAUAUUCUCGUCAAGAGUUGGAGAACUAGCAAGUUCACUGUGAUUCUGCAGAAUAUGCCCUGUGGUGAGGCGCUGGAGCAAUCCUGCAUUCAGUCUGUAAUAUUGGUUGUAGAUGAGGAUGUUAACAAGCAGGUUACACUCACUAGAGAUGGAGAAGUGUUGAUUGGCAUUAACCAGGCUGCUAAUCUUCCAUAUAUUGAAGGGGACAUUGAAAUUCACAAGAUCACAUCAUUGUUUAUUCAGAUAAAGACUCACUUUGGUGUACGAAUACAGUUUGAUGGAAUAGGGGGAAGACUGUACUUACAAGUUGAGAGCAGCUGGAAAGGUGGAACUCUGGGUCUGUGUGGUACCUUUAACGGAAACUUAAGAGAUGAUUUUCUGUCUCCUUCAGGCAUGAUUGAAGGCACUCCCCAGCUUCAUACUAAUGCCUGGAAAGUAUCAUCAGCAUGCACAAGCCCUUUGAAUAUUCCCUUAAUAGACCCAUGUGAAAUGAAUCAGCAAAACGCUUUUUAUGCAUCACAGUGUGACGUCAUUAAUGAAGAGUUGUUUGCGCCUUGUCACUCAUAUGUAAGCCCUAGUGUAUAUUAUCAACAAUGUCGUUAUGAGGCUUGCAAGUGUGGGAGCAGCUGUCUUUGUACUGCCCUUGCCCAUUAUGCAUACAUCUGUGCCAAGCACAAAGUCAUUGUGAACUUUAGGGCUCACGUCUCUGAAUGUGGUAUGAUUUGUCUUGGUGGCAUGCAAUAUCAUUCGUGCACAUCUACUUGUGGCAAUACUUGUCAUGCUCUGUCUAAAAAUGAGGAAUGUAAUGAUGACUGUGCAGAAGGAUGCAACUGCCCUCUAGGAACAUAUUUUGAUGAAGUGAGACAGCGCUGCGUAACAGAAGGCAUGUGUCACUGCUAUUUUCUGGGUGUUAUAUAUCAAGCUGGAGAAGUUUCAUUUAGUGCAUCAGGACCAUGUUUGUGUAGAAAUGGUCGUAUGGAAUGUGCUCCUGAAGAGCCAGAUCCAGAGCCUGGUGAAUGUCCACCAGGGAAGAUUUAUUUAAACUGCAGAGAUCUCCAGGCUGGACAGCCCCGCACAGGCAUUGCCUGUGAAGUAACUUGCAGGAAUCUGAUGAUGAACUUGACCUGUCCUCCAAUGACACCCUGUGUGUCAGGGUGUGGAUGUCCACCUGGGUUGGUGAGACACAAACAAGAAUGCUACUUCCCUGAAAAUUGUCCUUGUGCUUGGAUGGGACAGGAUUACUUGCCUGGAGAGGUGGUAUCCACUGCUUGCUACAAAUGUGUUUGUCAGCGAGGAUUUUUUAACUGUACUCAUUAUCCCUGUCCAGCGGUUUGUACAGUAUACAGUGACCGUCAUUAUCACACCUUUGAUGGCCUGGAAUAUGACUAUGUCAGUGACUGCCAGGUUUACCUAAUAAAGAGCAAUAAUGGAACAGAAGUCUCUGUAACAGCAGAGAACAAAGAUUGUUACGAAAGUGGCAUUAUCUGCAUGAAGCACCUUACCAUCUUUGUUGGUUCUUCAAAAAUCUAUUUCAAUGAUAAUUCUGGAAAACCAAGUUCUUCAAGUGUCAUUGGAAGGGGUUACGAAUUUCAGCUGUGGAAAGCUGGCUAUUAUACUGUGCUGCAUUUUCUAAAGCAAGAAAUAACUAUUCUUUGGGACACUAAAACUACAGUGCACAUACAAGCUGGACCACAGUGGAAGGGCCAGCUAACAGGAAUGUGUGGUAACUUUGAUAAAAUUACUGUAAAUGAUAUGACAACAUCAAGUAACAUUGAGGUAAGCAAUGCUCAAGCAUUUGGAGACAGCUGGGCCCUUGGACAGUGUGAAAGUGACUUUGUAGUGAAGAGGCCAUGUGAAGGUGAUCUUAUCAGGCAGCCAUAUGCUAAAAGAGAAUGUGCUAUACUGUACAGUGAUGUAUUUACACCCUGUCAUAAUGUGGUUGAUGUGACUUGGUUCUAUAAAAAUUGCCUGACUGAUACUUGCAAUUGUAACCGUGGUGGGGACUGUGAAUGUCUCUGUACAAGUAUAGCAGCGUAUGCUCACAAAUGUUGCCAACUUGGAGUAGCAGUAAACUGGAGAUCUCCUUCUGUCUGCUCAUAUGAUUGUGAAUACUACAAUCGAGAACUAGGUGAAGGACCUUACAUACUGUUUAACUCUGCCUACAAUGACACUGUUUUUGGUGCUAAUAUAACAAGUGGAGAAGUUUUUCCAUUGCCAAAGAUCAGUGCAGAAGGAAAAGUUCUUUUUAAUUUUAUGAUAAUAGCUGGACUUUAUAAGGACAGAUUUUCAAGGUUGCCAGUUGUGUCCUUUGAAUCAGCAGAGAGGCCAAAUUACUUUCUUUGUGCUUCUGAAGAUGGUUCUUUGAGGCUGGAACAAUGGAGUGCUAAUGAAGAUUUUAGAAAAGAGGCCACCUUCUUGCACCACCAGGGCCUGUGGAUGCCAGGCUACAGUUCCUUCGAGUUGUAUAACCAAAAGGGAUUUUUUGUUACACUAACGAGAUUUCUUGUUAGAGCAGUGAUGUAUGACAAUACAGAGGAGUUUAAACAUAUCAGCAGCUUCACAAUUGAAGACAGCAGUACUAUUAUUCCAUACCGAAUGAUGUGUGAGUGGAGAUAUCACACGUGUUCAAGUCCUUGUGUUAAAACAUGCAGUGACCCCGAAGCUUCAAAAUGUAUUUUUUUACCUCCAGUGGAAGGUUGCUUUCCACGAUGUCCUAAGAAUAUGAUCCUUGAUGAGGUAACACGGAGAUGUGUCUACCCUGAAGACUGCAUUGUUUUACCACCCACUCCUACUCCAUAUAUGGUAGUAACAAGGUUGAACAGGACAACCUCAGUCCCUUCUGCUACCUCAAGAACUACCACAAUGUUAACAACGUCAGCAGUGACAGAAAUGAGGAUCACUCCAGUAAAAGUAACUGUAUCAGAGCAGACCAAUGCCACUGCUACACCUGAAUAUACCACUGCAAGGACUACCCCAACAACCACUGAAUUAUCAUCAUCAUCUAUAAUGACUACAUCUGCUGUGACUUCUUCUUUCGUGACUUCCACUGGUAUUUUAACAACGCUAAGCUCAGCGGAUACUCUGAUUACUUUAGCAACAGAACCAAAGACUGCUAAAACCACACAGAUAGCAACAUCAGCGCACACUCCACCAUCUACAGUUUCAACAGAACAAUCUAUAUCUGUUCCCUACGUGUCAACAUCCAGAUCUACUGUGUAUUUAGUAGAGGCUAUACAAACAACCACAGCUAUGAAAAACAGAACAACAGAAUUUGCUCCUGUUGUUCAGUCUACCACCAUAGCUGUAACCACUCCACAUUCGUCUACAGCUACAACUUUUCCUUUAUCCACUGAAGAAAAGCUCUCUUCUUCAACAACACUUAGAACUGAAAUUGGGUCCUCUACAUCUCAGCAUCCACAAACAAUGGAUCUGGAGACAAGGAAACCUUCAGCAUCUUCUACUAGCACAACAGAAACAGAGUUCACCACAGCCUCUGAACUCACUACUCUGUUGUUAUCCUCCACUACGUCUUUGCCAUCUCCUUCAGUUGCGCCCAUCAUGAGAACAACUCUGCAAAGCACAACAGACUUUACAACUUAUGAAAGUACAUUGCCAGUGACCUCCAAACAUCCAUUCACAACAAUUCAUAACUUUACAACAACAAUAGAAUCUGAGACAACUGAAACUGUCAAAUCAGAAACUAUAACCCAAGAACACACAACUGCUAUGGCUUCACCUGUGGGGACUGAUCACACGACUGCUGCACCACCUAGCACUACCACUUCACCUGCAACUGAUACCAUCAGCACCUUCAUACCUUCUUUGUUGCAGCCAACAUCAACUUGUACACCUCCUUUUUCUUACCGGGUAGAUGAGUGUAGUGAAUACAUCUGCUUCAAUGGUCAUCUGAUGUUCCAUAAUGCAUCUCUGCAUUGUCGAAAUAAUGUCACUCAACCUAACUGUGGUCUCUUGGGAAUGCCAGUUCAAAUUAAUAAGGACCCCUGCUGCCCGCAAUGGGAAUGUCCCUGUCGUUGUUCCAUUAUUUCUGACUUGCGUGUCAUUACGUUUGAUGGUAACAAUGUUGCACUCUAUGAUAAUGGUUCCUAUAUUUUGGUAAAUUUACCAAGAGAAAAUAUUGUCGCUCACAUCGAAAAAUGUCCAACAAGUGAGAGUGUGAAUUCCAUUAGGCGCCCUACUGCUACUGGAGGAACCUCUGGGUUGUGUUUUAAAAAGCUGAAUAUCACAACACAUUCCUUUAAAAUUCUUAUUAACCGACUGGACAGAAAGGUUUCCAUAAAUUUUAUAAAUGGUCGACUGCCAUUUACACGACAGUCAUUACACAUAGAUGACACUGGCACUAUGUAUGUCAUCAAUACACCAGGCGGUGUGAGUAUCCAGUGGUACCAUAGUACUGGCAUCAUAGUCCUGCAGUAUAACUCUCCUUACAACACAACAAGUGGAACUCAAGGGCUCUGUGGCUGCUGUGAUGGAAACCCUGCAGAUGACCUGAAACUUCCAAAUGGAACAAUAAUUAAAAAUGUGGAGGAUAUCCCAAUCUUUUUGUACAGCUGGAUGGUAAAUACUUCAGAAGAGACUGACUAUUUUCGCAGAGUGGGAUAUAAUUGUACUACUGGCAACUGUACAAAAUGUUUUCAAAUGCUGAAUCAAAAUCCUUUUACUGCCUGUCAUGAAAAGGUUUCCCCGGAACAAUUCUGUGACAAGAUUUGGGCUGGUGAUCUUCACUACAAAGACCAUGAAUGUGAUUUUCUUGCUGCUUAUGUUGCAAUCUGCUACACACAUAACAUCUGUAUUAACUGGAGGAAACCAGAAUUUUGUCCACUAAAAUGUCCACCUGGAAAAGAAUACCAUCCAUGUGUAAGUACAUGUAAGACAAAGACCUGUCAGAAUAGAGAAUAUUAUGAAGAAUCCACCUGUUCCUAUAUAAGAGAAGAGUGUGUAUGCAAAAGUGGAACUAUUCUUCAUCGUGCAGACUCUGCAUUCUGCGUUACUGAGGACCAAUGUGUAUGUACUGAUAACGAAGGCAGGCCAAGAGCACCAGGAGAAGUAUGGAAUGGAUCAAAUAAGGGGUGCUGCAUGUACAGAUGCAUGGAGAAUGGUAGUGUCAUUGCAGUAGAGCCUGAUUGCAGUGAGGUUCCGUCUCCCAUCUGUGAGCGGGAGGGUGAAUAUGUCAUUGAUGUCAUUGAGGAAGGAGCUUGCUGUCCAAAAAAAAUCUGUGAGUGCAACUUAACAAUAUGUGACAAUGAAGUUCCCACAUGUGAAAAUGGAAAUAAACUUAUGAUUGGCUACAGCACCAUCUCCUGCUGUCCUGAAUACAGAUGUGAAUGUGAUUCCCUUGCCUGCCCCACUUCUGUGCCCUUGGAAUGCAGAGAAGACCAAUUUUUGGUGGAGGUUCGAGAGGAUAAGUCAUGUUGUUAUUCCUACCUAUGUGUUUGUGAGUCUUGUAUUGAUCCCAUUCCUGUAUGUAACGAGGGAGAAAUUUUGGCUGUGGAUCUGAACACAACCCAACAAUGUUGUCCUCAGUACCAUUGUGUCUGUGACGAGACACUGUGUCAUAUCCAUCAAAAUGAAUGCUUACCUGGAAUGAAUUUAAUUCGGAAGACUGUACCAGGAAAAUGUUGUCCAGAGUGGCACUGUGAAUGCAACUGUCAAAAUAAUUUAACACAAUUAUGCCAGUUAGGAGAGCUUCCUGUAGAAGACCAUACCUUUUCCAGUGCAUGUGGCUGUACUCAGUACAUUUGUAAAAAGGCCGAUGUGUGUCUUUUUCAAGGAAUCACUAUGUUGAGUCCCGGCCAGUCCAUGAUCCAGUACUUUGAGGGUGAUUUGUGUCACACAGUGCAGUGCUUGCAAGAGAUCGAUCUCACAACUGGCUUCCAUUCAAUGGAUGUGGUCACUGUAAAUUGUUCUGAGAAGUGUGGGGAGCACCAAAUCUACAUACCAUCUUCGGAUCCUCAUACAUGCUGUGGCUCCUGCAAAAAUGUGUCCUGUACCUUUGGGAAUGAAAAUGAGACUCUUGACAUUUAUACUGUAGGGAGUACAUGGGUUUCUAACUGCACUCGAUUUGAUUGUGUGGAGACAGCUGUCGGGGCUGUGAUUCUUGGCUCUGGAGUUGUCUGUCCACCUUUUAAUGAGACUGACUGUAUUCAGAAUGGAGGCACCGUGCAGAGCUACAAUGAUGGGUGCUGCAAGACAUGUAAAGAUGACGGAAGAACAUGUAAAAAAGUCACAGUCAGGACUACAAUCCGAAAAGAUGAUUGCAGAAGUACUACACCCGUGAUAGUGACCUCUUGUGAUGGCAAGUGCCCAUCGGCUACUAUUUUCAACUUUAAUGUGAACAGCCAUGCGAGAUUCUGCAAGUGUUGCAGAGAGAGUGGCCUGCAAAACCGGACAGUACCGUUGUUUUGUACUCGGAACAGCACUUCAGUGGACUAUGUUUUUCUGGAGCCAACAGACUGUUCUUGUCAGUGGAAUUAGCUUGUUUCUUGUGUAUUCAGUAAGUUUCAUACUGGGUCAAGGUCAAAUUGAACAUUACUUGUGCACACAAAGUGUUCUGCUAAAACUUUACUGAGCCUCAAGCAUGUGAAUGUUAUUAAUAAUAAGCAUAGUAAUGUGAAUAUACUGUAGUUCUACCUUUGUUGUCUAUUUGUUAUGCUUACAUUUUAUCUUUGAUUAUAACUGCAGUAAAAUUCUUUCAUUUUUGUUUUUUACUUUGAUGUUAUUUUUAUUAUAUUAUUUUCUGAGACAAUACAUACUAAACAUAUUUAUGAUUUAUACUUAGAUUCACUGAAUUACUUCAGUUUCCUGGUGAAAUAUACAAUGUCAUUUUGUGUUUACUCAUAGAUCACUCAUUAUUCAUAUCUGGAUAGUUAAUUCACUGGUUCUCUCAAUAAAACAACCACUCUCUUAUUAGAAAAAGUUAAAGUGGUAAAAUUAUUUUUAACAAAAGUUUUGAAAGUCAAAUUUAUCAUACUAUUUAUCAUUAUUGCAAGAGCCUUUAUUAAAACUGGAAUUAAAGUCUAUAUUUAAUAUUUCUGAGUUUUUAAAUAAAGGCUAGUGUUCUGCCUAUGGAAGGGUCCUCAGGUAAUAUUUUUAUGAGAAUGCAACCUGGCAUGCUGCUCUUCAGUUUAAUUCACGGCUGAAACACCCUUAUAACAUAUGCAGUAUUUUUAUUUGUUGUUUUCUUUCAUCUUUUGCUGUUCUUAACUUUUGCCCUUUUCCACUAACAGAUCUGCCUGCCCCU